AUGGAGCCCAAGAGCUGCUGCAAGUGCCGAUCGACCACCACCAGCGAGCCAGCCACCAUCCGCAACACAACCUGGUGUCGGCAAUGCUUCAUCGAGCAGAUCAACACCAAGUUUUUCCAGGGACUCAAAACCGCCAAGGAGUACUGCCGCCCGCCCCCCAAACGGGACCAGCCAGCCUCGCUGGUCAUCCACUUCAAGAACGACCUCAACUCAUGGCUGACGCUCCAGCUCAUGCGCAACUAUCUGAACACCAACCAAGACCGCUCGACUGCCAAGUGGAAGAGCCCGAUCGACUUCGCCACCAUCGAAGUCGUCUCCAUCCAUCUCGCCAGCGCCGCCCCCUACUUCCCCACCCAGGACCCACUAGAGCCGCUCAGCGGGGACGAGGCAGCCUUGAAGGCCAGCGUCGAGCGCUUGGGAUUCGCCUUUCGCAUCCUCACGCUGGACGAGCUGUUCGACCCGCCCCCUUCUGCCGGUAGCCCUUUCGUCGAUCUAUCGGACCCCAACCUUCCGAUCAAGAUCAUCGAUCCAGCCCCAGAGACAGCCUUGGCGCCGCUUGCAAACGCCCUGCGACCGCUCACCCAAACCGCCCGACGAUCGAUGGUCGACAGCCUCAUCAACACACGCUUACUCCAGUUCUGCAAACACACGCCGCGGAACAAAGUGCUAGUCAAGACCGUCACUUCCACACAGAUGGCCAUCGAUGCCCUUGUCGGCGUCAGUCUCGGCAAUGGCUGGAGUCUGGACCAACAGAUCGGCCCGAGUAGCUACAUCGACGAUGUGCUGAUCUGUAGGCCCUUGGCUCAGAUCGUGGAUGCCGAACUAGCCCAGUACUCCAAGCUGAUGGAGUUCGACCAUCCAUACCCGGUAACCCAACAGGCGCCGACCAAGAAAACCGACAUCCCCGCCGUGAUCACUGAAUUCGUGCUCAAGUUGGAGGAAAACUACCCGAUGACUAGUUCAGUGAUCAACCAAACCGUCAACAAGAUCGGCAAGAACAAGCCCCUGGCCCCGUCCGCCAGCCCGUCGACGACCCCAUCAGCCGCCACAAACGGGAAGGAGGGCCCGGCUCCAAGGACGUGUGCAAUUUGUCAUCUAUCGGCAGACCGGAACGCGGAUCAAUGGAAGCGCUCGAUCACCCUGUCCUCCCACGGGGCGGGGCCGGCCGAGGACGCGAACGGCGCAACGGUCGUCCAGCAGCUCGAGCACGAUGCGCCCCGGCCGACGGGGCUCAGAGACCAGCUCUGUUACGCCUGUCUCGUCACACUCAACGACCAUCAGUACUUCGCCCCCUCCUCGCGAUCCAGCCACGACUGGGUCCAGCUGCCCGGCUACUAUCGUCCCCUCCCUGGCGCCCAGCCUCUUCCUCAACAGGCUGCGGACCACGUCCAAGCCGUGCUCGACCAGUUCCUCAUCUCAGAUUGA